AUGUACUUUCGUCUUGAGAAAGUGCUGGCUCCAGCACAUCUUUUCUCAAAUCCGAUACCGACAUACGCUGGCCGGGACUACUCAUUCACCAAGAUAAUUACCUUCCACUUCUGUGCCCCAACGCAGCAACAAUACUUGAGCUCGGUCACUCAAUCAAGGGUUCACGGCACCGAUAUCCGGCCUGGGUCUACCCCUUCCGAGCAUACAUUGGGUCUUCAGGGAUUGGUCGCUCUUAAUACCGUACAUGGGAAAUAUGGGCCACAAAAUCGAGCAGCGCUGCUGAUCAUCUACUGUAUAGAUUCCUGCCCCAUUCCCCUCCCUCUAACAGAUCAGCACGCAUACUUCCUUCAGGACCUGGUGAAUCUUACGCCUGAUGGCAGACACAUGAUUCUAAGGCACGAGACCCGUGGUAAAGGCCGAUCAUUGCUUAUCUAG